AUGUCUACUAAAGAAGUGAUAGUGAUAUUUCUGGCUUUUUCAAUAUUAAGCCACGCUGGAAGUUGGGACCACAGAAGUGAGGAAGGAUAUCCCAAAGGACUAAUGUCAGUAUGUCCAGGCUCCACGAAGCCGGCCCGGAUCCCCAGCAGUCAGCUGAAGUACCUCCAGUUUGUGGUUCAGGGGAAGAACAGGACCAGACGAAGAUACACUUACUGGACCGCGCAGAAGAUAGCCCAGGAUCCGAGGAUGGACUUUAAAAGGAAAACGAUGCUCAUAGCCCUGGGUUAUCUGGACAGCACGAACUUCCCCAUCUCCUCGAUGCUCGCGAACGAGUACGAGGGCAAGGGAUACAAUGUGAUCCUCGUGGACAAUCAGAGAUUCGCCACCGUCCAUUAUUAUUUAGCAGCGCGCCUGAUGCGGCCUGUAGGCAAACAUGUCGCCGAAAUUCUUGCCAAGCUGACCCGCCAGGGACUAGACCCGAGUAAACUGGAGCUCACAGGCUUCAGCCUAGGCUGCCACACCGUCAGCUACAUCGCCAAAAACUUCAAGCAAAUCACUGGAAAAACUAUCACGAAAAUCACAGCUCUAGAACCUUCCGGGCCAUGCUUCAGACAUCUACCCCCAAACGAUAGGCUGGACCACACAGACGCAGAAUUCGUAGAAGUGAUCCAUACAAAUAUCGACGGUUUUGGAAUGGCUGUAAAAAUGGGGCAUGUAGAUUUUUAUGUCAACGGCGGAGAAUUCCAGCCAACUGAUUUGCUGACUCUACCGUGUGCAGCAACUUGUAGUCAUUUCAGAGUGUUGCCAAUUUGGGUUUCCGCUUUAAAUAACCCGAAAAGUUUUAUCGCAAUCAAAUGCCAAAGCAUUCAGCAAGCUAGGGAUUCGAACUGUUAUAAUAAUACGAAGUUGGAGACAAAUUUGUUGGGUCCUAAUGUGAAUAAAAGCAACCACGGCGUGUUUUAUUUGGCUACUAGUUUGGAUUACCCGUAUUAUUUGGGGGAAAACGGCUUGAAGGAAGAAUACGCGGCCUGGAGAAGAAUUACUGAUGUAAAUGAUGGUAACGAGACUGAGGUAUAUACGUAA